AUGACGGUGAGUUAUGGGUUGAUGCUGGAUGCUGUUGGUGUUGUUAAUAUACUUCCUAUUUGUGGUUUUCUUGGUUUGGGGUUACUUGGGAAACAGGUUCAUGGUUUCGGUGUUAGAACUGGAUUGGUUGAUGAUGUCUUUGUUGGAAAUGCUUUGGUUGAUAUGUAUGCAAAAUGUGGGAAAAUGGCGGAUGCUAAUAAGGUUUUUGAGAGGAUGGGAUUUAAGGAUGUUGUUACUUAG